AUAAAACCAAACGCUUCUAACUUCCAACUAACUUUCUCAGUCUCUCUCCCAUCUCUCUGCAAACUUCGGCAUUUCAAUGGCGGCCUUAACUCGCCUAUCAAAGCCCUCGUUCACAUCACUCUCCUCCGUCUCACGCAUAAGCCGGUGCUUCUACUCGGGCAUAGCACCGGAGCCCAGCUCUCAUGGCGCUUCGCCAUAUAGCCCACGAUUGGGGCCCAAGCCCAAUCUCUCGAUCAAGGACCCCAAGGAUCGAAACGUACAGUGGGUCUUCUUGGGCUCACCGGGCGUGGGCAAAGGCACGUACGCGAGCCGGCUCUCUAAUCUUCUCGGCGUUCCUCACAUCGCCACUGGAGAUCUCGUCCGCGAAGAGCUUGCAGCCUCUGGGUCUCUCUCUAAAGAGUUAUCAGAGAUUGUGAACCAGGGGAAGUUGGUUUCUGAUGAAAUUAUAAUAAGCUUGUUGUCGAAGAGAUUGGAGGCUGGGGGAGCUAAAGGGGAACUGGGUUUUAUUCUUGAUGGGUUUCCUCGAACCAUAAGACAAGCGGAAAUAUUGGAAGGGGUGACGGAGAUUGACCUGGUGCUCAAUCUGAAGCUCCGGGAAGAUGUGUUGGUUGAGAAAUGCCUUGGGAGGAGAAUGUGUAGUCAGUGUGGGGGAAAUUUCAAUGUGGCCUCCAUUAAUGUUAAGGACUCGAAUGGGAGUCCUGCAAUUAGCAUGGCUCCGCUUCUUCCACCUCCACAUUGUAUGUCAAAGCUUGUUACUCGAGCCGAUGAUACUGAAGAAGUGGUUAAACAUCGGAUUCAUGUAUACAAUGAGAAGAGUCGGCCUGUAGAAGAAUUCUACCGUAGUCGAGGGAAACUGUUGGAGUUUGAUUUGCCAGGAGGGAUCCCAGAGUCUUGGCCAAAGUUGCUUGAAGUUCUUAAUCUUGAUGAAUACAAGGAGAAGCAGUCUGCUGCAGCAUGAUUUGUUGCAUUGCGCCUGUAAAGGUGAAUAUGUGAUUCUCUAGACGCUUAAGGUGCGAGCUAGGGUCUAUGGACACUUUCAAUUUUUUGGUCUGUUGUUUUCUCAUGGAGAGAAUUCAGUUAUAUUGCAUUUGAAGAGAGACGUCUAGUAUUGUUUGGUUUAGGGAUGAUUUAUUUACUAACAAUUUUGUGGCAGCAAUAAGCUUCAGGAGAAGAGGCUAGAUAAUGAUACUGUAUUGUUGUAACUUAUGAUUGAUUAAUAUAGCAAAUUGCGUCUUGUGGGGCACAAUAAAUGAGGGAAUUUUUUGA